GCGAGAACAGGAAGAGCUUUUAGAUAGACAACACAGAAAGCCGGUGCGUUUUAACUGGAUUUGUGGACGAAAGAAAAGACCUAUGGCCGCGGGAGGGAUGAAACUGUCGAGUUUAUGCUUUCUGCUCUUGUGUUUAAUAGCGACGGUGCUCGCCGGGAGAGAUUUCUACGAGAUCCUCGGAGUAAGCAAAUCAGCAACUGUCAAAGAGAUAAAGAAAGCCUACAGAAAGCUGGCACUGCAGCUGCAUCCUGACCGAAACCAGGACGAUCCCAAAGCCCAAGACAAAUUUGCAGAUCUUGGGGCGGCUUAUGAGGUGCUAUCAGAUGAGGAGAAGAGGAAACAGUAUGAUGCCUAUGGAGAGGAAGGCCUGAAAGAAGGUCAUCAUAGAUCAGAUGGUGACAUAUUUUCUAGCUUCUUUGGGGACUUUGGGUUUAUGUUCGGUGGAAACAGACAACAGCAAGACCGAAACAUUCCAAGAGGAAACGACAUAGUCCUGGAUCUUGAAGUUACACUGGAGGAGGUUUAUUCUGGAAAUUUUGUAGAGGUGGUGCGAAACAAACCUGUUGCGAAAGAGGCUUCAGGCAAAAGAAAAUGCAACUGUCGCCAGGAGAUGAGAACCACACAGCUUGGCCCAGGCCGCUUCCAAAUGACCCAGGAAGUAGUCUGUGAUGAAUGUCCCAAUAUUAGGCUUGUGAAUGAAGAGAGGACACUAGAAGUGGAGAUCGAGCAGGGGGUCAGAGAUGAGAUGGAGUACCCCUUUAUUGGAGAAGGUGAACCCCAUAUUGAUGGAGAGCCUGGAGAUCUUCGCUUCCGCAUCAAAGUCUUAAAACACCCAUUGUUUGAGCGCAGAGGCGAUGAUCUUUACACAAACGUCACCAUCACACUGGUAGAAGCCUUGGUCGGCUUUGAAAUGUUUAUUAGACAUCUGGAUGGCCACAAGGUUCAUAUUGUUAGAGAUAAGAUUACCAAGCCUGGAGCUCGAAUCUGGAAGAAGGGUGAAGGACUUCCUAACUUCGACAACAACAAUAUCCGUGGAUCACUCAUAAUAACCUUUGACAUAGACUUCCCUAAGGAUCAGUUUAAUGAAGAUGAGAAAGCUGACAUAAAGAAGCUGCUGAAGCAGACACCAUCUCAGAAGGUUUAUAACGGUUUACAGGGAUACUGACACGCCAGCCAACAAUACCGGGACUGAUUUACCCUGUUGAGUUCCAUACACCAACCAUAUAAACACAAAAAAGAAUCAAGCAUGGAGGGUUUAUUUAUUUUCUCAGACUGUACUCAGGAUAGGUUGUCUGUGUGUGUGUUUUGUUUUGAGUUUUUUUUUUGUUUUUUUUUUGGGAGGGCGACCCCUUUUCUCUCAAAGUUAGGGUUAUGGAACACAGCAAGUUUUUUUUAAUAAUCUUUUUUGUUUGUUUGUUUAAGGCUUUUGUGAUCAUGGUUUCAGUGUUUGCAUUAAAAGUUUAACAGUUGUUCCCUCU